AUCCACUUUACAGUGUACGCGGUGCACUUGAUAGACACAUACAUUUCUAAUUUUCAACAUUUGGAUUUGUGUCAUUCAUCACGGACAUUCACCGCUGGCCUGGAAUGUAAUUUGGUUAUGGCGUUUUCUUCACACUUUCUAAUUAUCUCUGCUAUACUCAUCUGCUUAUGUUCUGCCAAUGAAUAUUUCUCAAUUCAUGAUCAACAGUGGUCCAAAGUGGGGCAGAAGACAGAUGCUACUUCAGGAAUUGACCAAACCAGUCUAACUGACAUAACAGAAACUAAACCUACUAAACCACCUAGAGGACCUGAACCAACAUCAUCUGAACCUACAGGUUCUACAGAUACAGUAAUAUCUGAGCCUGCUGGUACCACCUUAGUAUCUGAAUCAACCAGUUCAACUGAUUCAGUAUCAUCGCAGACUGCAGAGACCACAUCGCCAAAUGAACCUACAGGUUCUACUGAUACAGCAAUAUCUGAGCCUGCUGGUUCCACCUCAGUAUCUGAAUCAACAGGUCCAACUGAGUCAUUAACAUCACAGACUGCAGAGACCACUUUGCCAACUGAAUCUACAGGUUCUACAGAUACGGUAACAUCUGAGCCUGCUGGUACCACCUUACUAUCUGAAUCAACCAGUUCAACUGAUUCAUUAACAUCACAGACUGCAGAGACCACAUCGCCAAAUGAACCUACAGGUUCUACUGAUACCGCAACAUCUGAGCCUGCUGGUACCGCGUCAAAAUCUGAAUCAACCAGUUCAAAUGAUUCAGUAACAUCUGAGCAUGCUGGUUCCACCUCAGUAUCUGAAUCAACAGGUCCAACUGAUUCAGUAACAUCACAGACUGCAGAGACCACUUUGCCAACUGAAUCUACAGGUUCUCCAGAUACAGCAACAUCUGAGCCUGCUGGUACCACCUUACUAUCUGAAUCAACCAGUUCAACUGAUUCAGUAUCAUCAAAGACUGCAGAGACCACAUCGCCAAAUGAACCUACAAGUUCUACUGAUACAGCAACAUCUGAGCCUGCCGGUACCACCUCAGUAUCUGAUUCAACUUAUCCAACUGAUUCAGUAACAUCACAGACUGCAGAGACCACAUCGCCAAAUGAACCUACAGGUUCUACUGAUACAGUAACAUCUGAGCCUGCUGGUACCACCUUAGUAUCUGAAUCAACCAGUUCAACUGAUUCAGUAUCAUCGCAGACUGCAGAGACCACAUCGCCAAAUGAACCUACAGGUUCUACUGAUUCAGUAACAUCUGAGCCUGCUGGUUCCACCUCAGUAUCUGAAUCAACAGGUCCAACUGAUUCAGUAACAUCACAGACUGCAGAGACCACAUCGCCAAAUGAACCUACAGGUUCUACUGAUACCGCAACAUCUGAGCCUGCUGGUACCACGUCAAAAUCUGAAUCAACCAGUUCAAUUGAUUCAGUAACAUCUGAGCCUGCUGGUUCCACCUCAGUAUCUGAAUCAACAGGUCCAACUGAUUCAGUAACAUCACAGACUGCAGAGACCACUUUGCCAACUGAAUCUACAGGUUCUCCAGAUACAGUAACAUCUGAGCCUGCUGGUACCACCUUAGUAUCUGAAUCAACCAGUUCAACUGAUUCAGUAACAUCACAGACUACAGAGACCACAUCGCCAAAUGAACCUACAGGUUCUACAGAUACAGCAACAUCUGAGCCUGCCGGUACCACCUCAGUAUCUGAAUCAACACAUCCAACUGAUUCAGUAACAUCACAGACUGCCGAGACCACAUCGCCAAAUGAACCUACAGGUUCUACUGAAACCGCAACAUCUGAGCCUGCUGGUACCACGUCAAAAUCUGAAUCAACCAGUUCAACUGAUUCAGUAACAUCUGAGCCUGCUGGUUCCACCUCAGUAUCUGAAUCAACAGGUCCAACUGAUUCAGUAACAUCACAGACUGCAGAGACCACUUUGCCAACUGAAUCUACAGGUUCUCCAGAUACAGUAACAUCUGAGCCUGCUGGUACCACCUUACUAUCUGAAUCAACCAGUUCAACUGAUUCAGUAACAUCACAGACUACAGAGACCACAUCGCCAAAUGAACCUACAGGUUCUACAGAUACAGCAACAUCUGAGCCUGCCGGUACCACCUCAGUAUCUGAAUCAACACAUCCAACUGAUUCAGUAACAUCACAGACUGCCGAGACAACAUCGCCAAAUGAACCUACAGGUUCUACUGAAACCGCAACAUCUGAGCCUGCUGUAUCUCAAUCAACAGGCCCAACUGAGUCAGUAACAUCACAGACUGCAGAGACCACUUUGCCAACUGAAUCUACAGGUUCUACAGAUACAGUAACAUCUGAGCCUGCUGGGACCACCUCAGUAUCUGAAUCAACAGGUCUAACUGAGUCACUAAUAUCACAGACUGCAGAGACCACUUUGCCAACUGAAUCUACAGGUUCUACAGAUACAGUAACAUCUGAGCCUGCUGGGACCACCUCAGUAUCUGAAUCAACAGGUCUAACUGAUUCAGUAACAUCACAGACUGCAGAGACCACAUUAACAAAUGAACCUACAGGUUCUACUGAUACAGCAACAUCUGAGCCUGCCGGUACCACCUCAGUAUCUGAUUCAACGCAUCCAACUGAUUCAGUAACAUCACAGACUGCAGAGACCACUUUGCCAACUGAAUCUACAGGUUCUACAGAUACAGUAACAUCUGAGCCUGCUGGGACCACCUUAGUAUCUGAAUCAGCACAUCCAACUGAUUCAGUAACAUCACAGGCUGCAGAGACCACAUUGACAAAUGAACCUACAGGUUCUACUGAUACAGCAACAUCUGAGCCUGCUGGUUCCACCUCAGUAUCUGAAUCAACAGGUCCAACUGAGUCACUAACAUCACAGACUGCAGAGACCACUUUGCCAACUGAAUCUACAGGUUCUACAGAUACAGUAACAUCUGAGCCUGCUGCUACCACCUUAGUAUCUCAAUCAACCAGUUCAACUGAUUCAAUAUCAUCGCAUACUGCAGAGACCACAUUGCCAAAUGAACCUACAGGUUCAACUGAUACAGUAACAUCUGAGCCUGCUGGUACCACGUCAAUAUCUGAAUCAACCAGUUCAACUGAUUCAGUAACAUCAGAGCCUUCUGGUUCCACCUCAGUAUCUCAAUCAACAGGCCCAACUGAGUCAGUAACAUCACAGACUGCAGAGACCACUUUGCCAACUGAAUCUACAGGUUCUACAGAUACAGUAACAUCUGAGCCUGCUGGGACCACCUCAGUAUCUGAAUCAACAGGUCUAACUGAGUCACUAAUAUCACAGACUGCAGAGACCACUUUGCCAACUGAAUCUACAGGUUCUACAGAUACAGUAACAUCUGAGCCUGCUGGGACCACCUCAGUAUCUGAAUCAACAGGUCUAACUGAUUCAGUAACAUCACAGACUGCAGAGACCACAUUGACAAAUGAACCUACAGGUUCUACUGAUACAGCAACAUCUGAGCCUGCUGGUUCCACCUCAGUAUCUGAAUCAACAGGUCCAACUGAGUCACUAACAUCACAGACUGCAGAGACCACUUUGCCAACUGAAUCUACAGGUUCUACAGAUACAGUAACAUCUGAGCCUGCUGCUACCACCUUAGUAUCUCAAUCAACCAGUUCAACUGAUUCAAUAUCAUCACAUACUGCAGAGACCACAUUGCCAAAUGAACCUACAGGUUCAACUGAUACAGUAACAUCUGAGCCUGCUGCAACAUCUGAUCCCUCUAGUUCCACCUCAGUAUCUGAAUCAACGGGUACAACUGAUUCAGUAACAUCACAGUCUGCUGAGACUACUUUGCCUACUGAACCUACAGGUUCUACUGAUAAAACCACAUAUGAGCCUGCCGAACCACCAACCAAAACACCAACUGUAACACCAACUGACCUACCUACCGAACAACCCACUACUUUACCAACUACACAACCAAACACACCAUCUACCAAACCUUCAACUCUUCCACCAACAUCACCUGUCACGCCAACAACUCAAACAACAACUCGACCACCCACCACAGUAGAGCCCUUUAAGUGCUACAAUGGGGGAUUUUUCAAUGGACUCAACUGCACAUGUCUUUUUGGAUUCGGUGGACCAUUUUGCCAAUUUGUUGAAACUGUUGAGCUAGAUACUGUCAACAGGUCAGUUGUUGUUAAUGUGGUGAUCAAUCAGGAAUUUAAAGACAAAUAUGAAGACAAAAAUUCCCCUGAAUACAGAGACUUUGUUGGAAACUUCACCAACCAGAUGGAAACAUAUUACAAGGCAAAGAAGAUAGCAAACUUUAAAGAAGUGGUGGUAAUUAGUGUCAGCCGUGGAGCCCCUACGGUCAGAUUCUCAGUUAACACUGUGGAAGAGAUAAGAUUAUCAGUUGAAGCCAUGGCUAUCUACAGUAUCACACCAAGAACAAAAGGUGUUAGUGUUACACAUGACGUGGUUUUGGCGAUCCCAAACAACAGCAGCCAAGAAGAACUAUAUGAGGUUGACUUCAAUACAGUUAAGGAGGCCCUCGACCAGCUUGUUAGCUGCACAGCAGAUUGUCCCUACAAUGUCACAACUCUGCCUGUAGUGAAUAAAACAGAGGCAGAUAUUGGAUCUGUAUGUAAAAGUAUUGUGGGCAAUUCAGAUAUUGUUGAAUACUACGAACCUGUGCUUGUUGAUGGCGCCAUCACGUGUCUGACUGUAUGCAACAGUCUACAUCCACGCCCUAAAACAUGCUACAAUAAGGGAAUCUGCAGACUGUUCAGUGACACUGGACCUCUUUGCCAGUGCCCAAAUGUGGAUUCCACUUGGUACUUGGGCAAUGACUGUAGCUACCCUAUAGUGAGGACUGCUUUCUACAUAGGGUUAAGUGUGACCCUUGCUUGCCUGUUGGUGUCUCUGGGAGUCUUAACUGCAUACCUGAUGAUCAGCAAACACAAGGAAUCACUGAAUAAAGACAUUAAAAACAAACAGGUGAAUCAGUGGAUGGCUGAAGACUUUGAGUGGUCCAGAGCCAACAGCGACACUGGCACAUAUGAUGCUGGAGGGUUGGGAAACCCUGCAUUCGCACCUGAAGCAUCAGCUGUCCACAGAGAGGUUUACGGACAUCCUGCACCUGUCUACCAGCUCACCCAACCAUCUUUGUAUACUGACAGUCACAACGCUCCCUCUUCUGAUGCUGGAUUCUCACGGGCUGACAGCAUACCCCGCAGAAUCAUUCCAACAAACCCGAUGACAAUCAACAGACCUCAGAUCAGAGCAUCCUAUGAUGCCUGAGAACUGAAAACUUAAUGAUGAUGACUACGUGUUUUAUUUCUUUUUGCUGCCUAAUAUAAACGCAUUUAUAUGGAUAUAAAAUGCAGCAGGUAUAAUUGUUCAAGUUGUUCUCAUGAACCAUUCGUACAUAUAGCUACGAAUAGUAAGGCACUUUAAUUUGUAUGUAUUCCACGUAUGUACGGC